AUGGCCCCUAACUACAGACUUUUUAUCUUCAACAUGUUCUUAAUAAUCUACAUCCUGACCUUAUCAUGCAAUCUGUUGAUCACCCUGUUGAUGUUCUUCUCUAAACUUUCACAUUCUCCUAUGUAUAUGUUCCUCUCCAAUCUGUCAAUGUCGGAGAUCUUGUUCACCAGCAGCAUCGCUCCCCCCAUGCUCUAUGUAAUAUAUAGAGGUGGUGCAACGUUUCCUCUUGGUGGAUGCUUCAUACAGUGUUACCUUUUUGGAUCAUUGGGUACAUUGGAGAGUUUCCUCCUCUCAGUGAUGUCCUAUGACAGAUUUUUGGCUAUCUGCAGACCUCUUUAUUACAGUUUAAUUAUGACUCCCAGGCUGUGUCUUUCUCUGAUUCUUGUCUGCUGGAUGUCAGCAUUUUUGAUCAUGUCCAUCUCUUUAAUUUUCUUGACAACCUUGAAUUUUUGCAGCAUAAAUAUUAUUGAUCAUUUCUUCUGUGACUUUGUUCCAUUGCUGAGUCUUUCUUGUUCGGACACUUCCACUGUUCAAGUAGUUGUGUCUUUGCUUUCAUCUACAGCCACUGUGUUCCCAUUUCUCCUAAUCAUAGUUACUUGUGGGUUCAUCAUCAAAGCCAUCAUCGGGAUUUCUUCAUCAAAGGGGAAACAGAAAGCCUUCUCUACUUGCAGUUCCCAUCUCGGAGUGGUUUCCAUGUACUAUGCUACCUUGAUCAUGGUCUAUUAUGAGGUCCCACCUGGGCAUUCAUUGGAGGCAAACAAAGUUCUAUCGCUGCUUUAUACAGUUCUCACCCCACUAUUGAAUCCCUUCAUUUAUACCUUGAGGAACCAAGAGAUCAAGACAGCAAUAAGACAAAUAUGGACAUCUGUAAAGAGAACCUAA